AUGGCAGCAAAGAUAAACGAAGCGAUGCUCCCAGUUCAUUCCUCACUUGGCUACCCCAUUUCCCAGGCACCCCGCGGCGCAGAGGGAACGAUGGGCCUGCAUCUCCAACUUGAUGGCGACAAGUCAAAGACCUACGGGUUAGCCAGCCGUCAUGUCGCUAUUGCUGGUAAAGAGAAGGACGUAAUGGACUAUAAAAUGCAAGAUGGAGACCAAUGUCACUUACAGCUUGCAGUUCCUCUGUCGGCCUUGGAGAAGUGCCAGGAGAAACUCGGAAAAGCACGGCAUUUCGUCGAGCAUUUACUAAAACGCCUCCAACGAAGGAUUGAUGAGUUUCGAGCUUCUGAACGGGAUAAAAUAAAGGCGAAUAUCUACAGGUCGCUGCUUCAAUACGCAGACAGCCUUAAAAAAGCCGUGGACGAGGUGUAUACAGCCGGGGAUACGGGACUCUUGGAAAGAACGCUUGGGCAUGUCGCCUUUUCACCGACGCUUGCUUCUUGUUCUAAUUCUAAUGCUGGUUUUUCACGGGAUUGGGCACUUGUCGAAUUAUCAGCAUCGCAGUUCAAUGACGAGCCAGAGAACAAGGUUUAUAUUGGCUACCAAGGCUUCAACAGGUCGGCUUAG